AUCCUCACACUGGCAGGCAAAUACACGGCUCUGAAGUGGGUGGCGACGCUGAACGUGGGGUACGGAGGUGCCCAUGCCAGCUACUACCACCGAGCCAAUGAGCAGGUGCAGGUCGGGGUGGAGCUGGAGGCCAACACGCGGCUGCAGGACACCACCUUUGCCUUCGGAUACCAGCUCAACCUGCCACAGGCCAACAUGGUCUUCAGAGGGCUCCUGGACAGUAACUGGAGUGUCGGGGGGGUGCUGGAGAAGAAGCUGCCCCCCCUGCCCGUUACCCUGGCUCUGGGCGCCUUCCUCAACCACUGGAAGAACCGUUUCCACUGUGGCUUCAGUGUCAUUGUGGGCUGA